AACUAUAAACGAGUACAGAAGAGCUCACUUGCAAUGGACGACAGUAAGCCAUGGGCCCUGAUUUCAAAUGUGGAGGAACAAGGUCAUUUUAAAGAGUUCGUCGACAUAUUGAAACAACACUUCCAAAUCAUGUGCCAUAAAGAAUUGCUUCAAAACCCUCAUCUGCAUGGUCCGAAAAUCCAGGCCAUAUUAAUGUGGUGUGCCCUCCCUGCAGCCAAGCCUUCGCUGCUCAGUUUGCUUCCCUCGUUGAAGGUGAUCGCCAACGGUGGAGUGGGCGUCGACCACCUGGAUGUGCCGUACAUAUCCAGUCUGGGAGUGAAAGUUACCAACACACCCGGUGUGGUGAGCAACGCCACUGCAGAUAUGGCGAUGGGUCUGCUUCUGGCAUCAGCACGCAACAUCGUUAAAGGGCACCAAAUAGCUGUUAUCUCCAACAUCACUGACCAGUCACAAUGCCCGAUGGGAGCUGAAGUCACAGGGUCGACUCUGGGGAUUAUUGGAAUGGGACACAUUGGCCUCAAAAUCGCUCAAAGAGGCAAAGGAUUUGACAUGAAGAUCCUGUAUCACAACAGGAACAGGAGGAGCGUUGAGGAUGAGCAGGCGGUUGGGGCGAGUUACCGU